AACAACCAACACGUCUUCUAAUUUAUUAAAAGAAACACAAAUUUAUGUUUAUGUAUUUAGCAGAGAAACACAAAUUUGUCCGGGAAAGGUUAUUAAAUGAAACCUGGCUGUUAAUCAAAGAAAAUCCUCUAACAACGUUUCUUCUUUCACCGCAGGUGUUGAGGUUGAAACGUGCCCAAGGAACAGUGAGGAGCUGAUCCGCAGACCUGACCCAGACCCAUCCAAUAUGGCAGCGACGCUGACGUCCUCCAGCGGACGUGUACGUCUAGCGAGCUGCAGCCAGGAGCUUCUGCAACAGCUCGCUCAGUUCAACAUGGCGGAGCCCACGCGCUGCGUGUUCUUCCUACAGAAGAAGAAGCGGUUCUGUAAAAUGAUCGUCGCAAAAGGGAGACGGUUCUGCGGGGAGCACGCGACCAUGGAGGAGGGAGGCAGCAGCAGGAGGAUCACCUGUCCUCUGGACCCCAAACACACAGUGACCAAAGACAAGCUGGAGAAACACCUGAAGAGAUGCAACUCCAGAGAGAAACCCAAACCUGUUUAUUAUGUGGAGAACAUCAAUGCAGGACCAGUGCUUGAAGACCAGGAGCUUCCACAGGUGACCCUGUCUGAGCACAGCAAAGCAGAGCUGGAAGCUCUGGUGGACAAACUGAAGGCAGCUGUUGAAGGACUGGAGUCUGAGGUGGAGGACAGAAUUCUGUCUCAUUCUGUCCUCCAGGACCAGCUCAUCAACCCAAAGAAUGGAGAGUCUGCCCACAAACACCUAAAGCAGCAGGCCUCUAUCUUAGGUCACCUGGAGGAGCUGAAUCUGCUCUACGGGCAACGCUGCUUCGUGGAGUUUGGAGCGGGUCGAGGAAAACUGUCUCACUGGAUCCACGAGGCCCUGAGGACCCACGAAGACCCAAAAGCCAGAGAAGACCUUCAGCUGCUGCUGGUGGAGCGCUGCAGCACCCGAUUCAAGGUGGAUGGGAAACACCAGGAUGCUGGACUGGAGUUUGAGAGGCUGCAGGUGGAUAUUCAGCACCUGGACCUCAGUAGAGUUCCUCUGCUGCAGCAGAAGCAGCUCCCAUUGGUCGGCGUGGGAAAGCAUGUGUGUGGAGCAGCAACAGACCUGGCUUUACGCUGCCUGUUGGGAACGGCUGGAGCUGGAGACGAAACCCGACCAGCUUCGAAACGCUCCAAACCAGCUGAUGAGGCGAUCCAAGACCCCAGCCUCACCCCCUGGCCCCGCCCACUGCUUGGGUUAGCCGUAGCACUGUGCUGCCACCAUCGCUGUGAGUGGCGUCACUAUGUGGGCCAGGAGUUCUUCCAGCAGAAAGGACUUGGACCUGCAGAAUUCUCCUCCUUCUGCCGCAUGUCUAGCUGGGCCACAUGUGGGCUCAGGCCAGCCAAUCAGGAGCCUCCGUCACAGAAUCCCUCCAAUCAGAGAGGAGAGGACGAUGCCCACCAACCAGUCGAGGAGACAGAUGCUGUUAGCAGCUUCCUGACAGCAGCCAAGCGACAGCAGCUGGGUCGUCUAUGCAAACUGCUGAUCGAUGGUGGGAGGUGCCACUUCCUGCAGACCAGAGGCCUCAGCACCAAGCUGAUUGGUUACGUGGACACAGGGGUCACUCUGGAGAAUGUGCUACUCACCGCUGUCCCCUCUGAAUCCUAAUGUCUCUCUGAGUCUAGAUUGCAGGUGUUUUAAAGCAUUCCUGUUAUAAAAGUGUUAAUGUGAAGUUUUUAUGAACUCUCUCAUCAGUCUGCUGCUGUGUUCUAAAGUCUCUAAACAUCCAAUCAGAGACUGUUCUUGUUCAGAUUUGGUUCUCUUUAAUGGAGAGGAGCCUCCCUGUAGCAGUGAGGAUUAGCUGCAUUUAUUAAAUGACCAAUAAGAUGUGACGUUCCAUA